AUGGCACAUGCUGCUGCAUCCAAUUUAAAACGACGUAUUUUGGGUUCACGUUUGGAAUCAAAUUCAAACACAAAUAUUAAUUCUUCAAAUGUCUUGAAUAAUACAUCCACUUCUGGUACGUCGAAUGGAAAUUUAAUCAAUGGUGUUACACCAUUAUCAUCAUCAUCUUUUUCUCUAACAACUUCAUUAUUGAGACAUUCACAAUUAUCUAUACCAGUUGAACAUCGUCGUUUACGUGUUGAUCGUCGAUGUAUUGAUAAAGUAUGGAAACAAAUGGAUCGUAUUGUUAAAUAUUGUCAAUGUCCUAAAUUAAAUUUAAAAAAUUCACCACCGUAUAUGCUCGAUAUAUUACCAGAUAUAUAUCAAACAUUAAAACAAAUAUUAUUAAAUUAUGAUGGUCGUUUAGAUAUUCUAAAUGAUAUUGACUAUUUUCCAAUAUUUAUGGAAAAUUUAAUUGAUAAAUGUUCAAAAACAACUGAUUGUUUUAAACGUGCUGGAAAUUCGAUUUAUGAUGAACAAAGUAGUUAUCGAAAACAUUUAACAAUAUUAUCACUCUAUUUUUCACAUAUAUUAACAGAAUUAAAAUCACUCUUUCCAAAGGGAAUAUGUGAGAGUGAGAAAUUUCGAAUUACAAAACCAGAAGCAGCCGAAUUUUGGAAAAAUAAUUUUAUUCAAUGUGGAAAUGAAUCAAUAGCCCUACAAAAUACAAUUGAUUUAACAAACAAUAAUUAUGUUUCUAUAUUUGAAUUUGAUGUUUUCACCAGAUUAUUUCAUCCAUGGUCAUCAUUGUUAACAAAUUGGAAAUUGCUCGCUGUUACUCAUCCAGCAUUUAUGGCAUUCAUGACAUACGACGAAAUGAAAGCAAUUUUAAUGAAUUUUAUUGAUAAACCCGGAAGUUAUUUAUUUCGUUUGUCAUGUACAAGACUGGGCCAAUGGGCUAUUGGAUAUGUGACAUCAAAUGGCACUAUUCUACAAACAAUACCUCAAAUAAAACCGUUACUUCAGUCAUUAAUUGAUGGCGAAAGAGAAGGAUAUUAUAAAUAUCCAAAUGGGCUUACAGUAACCAUUGAUCUAUCAUCAGCAUUCAGAUCAUCUGAUUACGAUCGUAUUUAUGUAUCAGAAGAACAGUAUGCUAUCUACUGUGACAUGGAAACAUCGUUUGAAUUGUGUAAAAUAUGCAAUGUAAAUAAUAAAGAUAGUAAAAUACAACCGUGUGGUCAUCUUUUAUGUAAAGAAUGUCUUCAAGCAUGGCAGAAUUCAAUGUCAAAGAUGAAUCUAACCUGUCCAUUUUGUCGAGCGGAAAUUAAAGGUUUUGAACAGGUGAUUAUUAGUCCAUUUGAAAAUAAUCAGAAGAAAAGUACCGAGAACACAACAAAUGAUUCGAAUGAUUUUGAUGAUUCAUCUGAUCUAUCAGGUAGUCUUUCACUCGCUCCACCACCCGUUCCUCCACGACCUGUUCAAAAACUUGAAAGAAAAGAAAAUGAAUCGGACCGAAGACAACGUGUACGUCGAAAUCAUACACAACCGCUUCUUAAUUCGACUUAUAAUCAUACAAAUAAUGAAACUCGACAACACUCUCAAAAUCAAAAUCUUAUCGUUGGAAGACCGUCGCCAUUUAAAUCGUCAAGCGAAAGUCUAAACGAGUCAUCUGAGUCAACCAAUUAUUUUCGAACAACUGCUGAUGUAAGUCGAAGGCUGGCAGAAAAAGAUCAUUUUGAUCCAGUACGAAUUCAAGCAGCAUUAACAUUAACCGGUGGUCUGGAUUUAACUAAACAAUACGAAAUGGCAAAAGAGUUUUUGAACCAAGUACAACAACAACAUACACCAACAAUUAAUCAUAAUACAUUUGUUAAUGAAUUAUUUGAACAAGAAUAA